GUCCAGCCCAUAGCCAGUCGCUAUACCGGCUCCUAGAUGCCUUUAGUCGAAUACUAAAUUUUACCUGUUAUCAAGUGUCUCUAUAUUCCUAUUAUUGGGGCCCUUCCACCAUUAUUUCAUUGGGCAUCAUUAUACCUGCGGAGGGGUAGUGCUUCUGUGACGUCAGCAAGGUUGAGCAACCUUGCGACAAUGGAGAGAGGUGGAUCAGGGGGUAAACUGGGAGGUCCGGAGGACCAAUAGUCAGUCGUCGUUUACACACCUCAAUGUAAAGGUGUAGAAGCAAGUUUCCUGCGCGUCUCUUGAUCGGUUUGCCAUUCCUCAUGCACAAUAAGUAACAAGCCUGGAGCGAAUGUUAGCAUUGUUAAAAAAAAUAAUUUGCUAGCUGCGUACACAUCCGUGGGAAAAUUUAUGCUACCUCGUUCUAUAACAUUAUAUUUUAUUGACGGAAACUUUAAACUUUGUGAUUCAUGUUUCAUAAUCGCACGAUAUCUGACUUUGAUGUAAACGCAAACAGUAUCUCCGCAAGUAACAAGCAUAUCUGGACUUCAGCCAUAGCAGGUACACUUGAUUGAAUGUAACUGAAGAAAGUACUCUGUUCGUGUCGAUUUGGUGCGUUCAAGUCUCCAGUCGGUGAAGGAACAGGAACCUGACGUCACGAAAGUGAGGCAGUCGUGACACGCAACAAUACCACGUGUGGGAAUAUAACCUUUUUUUUUCUGAUGUGUGUUUCUCGUGAAAUGGCUGGUUGCUUGGAUGUCGCCUCUACAAAUACGGUUAUGGUGACAAGAAACACUGGCACAGCAACAGAAGAGAGUCGUAAGAUUCGCAAGCCACUGAUGGAGAAGAAGAGACGGGCGAGGAUGAACCAGAGUCUGAACGAACUCAAACAACUGCUCCUGGAUGGAAAUACCAGCAAGAAAGAGAAUUCGAGACCAACCAAACUGGAGAAGGCCGAUAUCUUGGAAAUGGCUGUUCAGCAUUUGCAACGCCUCCACGAGCAGCAGAAACAACAGAAAGAACAAUGCUUGCAACAACAAUGGGCGCCUUCGAAACCUGGAGAUACAUCAUCAUUAGAACAGCAGGAGAAAAAACAUACUCAAGAAUGGCUAGAAACUUACAUAUCCACGAACAAAAUUCAGGUGAAACGUAAUUUUGAACAACUAGAAGACCGUAUCUCACUUAAACGACACAGGUCUUUGUCGGGAGCACCAGAUACAGUUUAUAUGUGUCAGAAACAAUCCAAACAAACGGCGACAACAAAAACAACACAACGAAGUGUGUCAUCUUGCAUGCAGAAAACGUAUUAUGAAGGCUCCGCAAGUCCAAAAUUCCGUGCAGGAUUCAAAGCGUGCGCGCGAGAAGCACGAGAAAUCCUUAACAAUUUUGAUGAUGUGGACCCAGCUGUUAGUGAUAGGUUAGCGGACCACCUGGCAUCGUGUCUCGACUCUCUAGAAAAUAAGAAUGACGUAACGAGCAGUUGCAGCGAUCAGCAGGUUGCAGACAGCACACAGAACACCGCGCCAGAAGUCCGGGUGUUCCCUUCGGCGUCGCCUUCUGCCCUCAUUCAAACUUCGACAGGAUUUACACUACUGCCCACAAAAUUACCAAAUGGGGAUCUUGCCUUUGUCAUUCCUGCUGGGAUUAAGCAGAGUGUAACAUCUCGUCUGAGUAAUGAGUAUGCUAGGAAUUAUAACCCAGACUGUGGAAUUCAGUGUAUUGAGGAAAGCAAGCAUUUGCAAGAAGGCGAGGUAUGGAGACCGUGGUGAGAGAAAUACUUCCUGGAGUAAACAUGACCUGUGAUAACCAUCAAAAUGAUACUUGUUUACAGUUUACAGAAGUUUACAGAAGUGACUGUGGUUCCAAAUAAGUAACUGUAGAAAUACAGAAGUACAAAUUGUAUUGUAUUACUGUACAAGAAGCAAGUGAUAAUUCAGCCAGACGGAACUUUAAUUAGAAUAAUGGUUACAUUCUUACAGUGUAGUUCUUGAAUGGACAUGGUAUUCACUUUGUAGGAUUUGAGGCUUUCACGGCGGUGACUAUGAAGAAAGCAGUCUUCUGGG